GAACUGAACAUCACACCGCCAGCACCAUACUUCGCCAUCACCCAUUACGUUCUCUGGAUUACUCCAUCCAAUGCUUGUCGUUCCACAUCGUCCUGGUCUUUGAGACGAACUUCUAUCUCGAACGUCCUCUGAUAUGAAACCGAAGAUGCCAGCGAACAGGCCGAGAGGGCUCUCGCCUCCGUACGAUUGGGGUGCCAAAACGCUUGUGCAGCGACUUGGAGGGUUAUAUCGAGACGUCUCCACCGUUGACUUCAAGAUCGUAUGCGGCGAGCAAGAAUGGAUGGUCCAUCGCCUAGUGCUAGGAUUGCACUCAAAGGUGCUUGCCGUCGCCUGCAAUGGGAGAUUCAAAGAAGGAUCAGAGCAUCAACUCGACCUCUCUCACGAAGAUGGACCCUGUGUGCUCAGCCUCGUUCACUAUUUCUACUUUUUCAAUUACGCUGCUCUUCACCUUGAAGGCAAAGCAAUCGGCCCCUUGGAGUUCCACACGAAAAUGGCCAUCCUCGCAGAUAAAUACGACGUCGGGCAACUUAGCUCUCUCGCAACCAAGAAGUUCAAGCAGGAGGCACAGCAGUCCAGAUUCAGGACGGGCAAUCUCGAGCCGGUGGAUCUACAAGAUCUUGCCAAUGCAGCCACUUGUGCCUACGAUGCUACGGACCCAACAGAUGAGAUACGAGCGGAGAUUGUGAAGCUUGCCAUCACCUCGAAGCUGCUCUCCACCGAAAGGGAAGAAUCUGAGCAGAACGACUUCGAGAAAGUCGUCCGAGCUCGGCCAGAACUUGCCAGCGACGUUGCCGCAAGGGUCAUGAGCGGCCUUGUGAAUCAUGGAAGAGUCGCUUCGCCUACUGAGAAACGGUUUAGUUGCCCAUCAUCGGCGUGCAAUUUUUCAUUCAUCGCAACAAUGGACGAGGCUUGUACUGCCAUCGAGAACGGGUCUCGCGGCUAUUCUUGCUACAAGUGCAAGCAAUUCUACCCGGUGGAGCUUUGGCAGAGGCGUGCCUGGGAUUAGAUCACUCAUGCUCAUGCAGCGUGCUUCUGCAACCCUACCAUAGCGAGCUGCAAGCCUGCAGAUUCUUCAAAGCAUCGGAGGAUGGUGCAGGCAUGCUGGGGGAAAGAAACACGAGGAGUGGCGAAGGC